UGGGCGACAUUUUGUAGUGGAAACUGAACGAGUAAAGAGCAGUUAAUAAAUACAGACACAGGUUUGUUCUACGAGAAAAUUGUGAAAAAUCAAGUGAAGCUUAAGUAGCGGAAAAUAUAGCAUAUUUUAUUGAAUUCAUCCGGAGAAAGCUAAAAAAUGAAAUUUCAAUACAAAGAAGAUCAUGCUUUUGAGAAGCGACGUGCUGAGGGCGAUAAAAUUCGCAGGAAAUAUCCAGAGCGAGUACCAGUUAUUGUAGAGAAAGCGCCAAAGGCGCGCAUUGGUGAUUUGGACAAAAAGAAAUAUUUGGUUCCAUCUGAUUUAACAGUUGGCCAAUUCUAUUUCUUGAUUCGCAAACGCAUACACUUGCGUCCCGAAGAUGCACUCUUCUUCUUUGUGAAUAAUGUGAUUCCACCAACAUCAGCAACAAUGGGCUCUCUAUAUCAGGAACAUCAUGAGGAGGAUUAUUUUCUGUACAUCGCAUACUCCGAUGAAAAUGUGUAUGGUAAAAAUUAGAGCACAUUUACUAAUGGGAGGAGAGACGUAUAGCGGCUAUUGUUAGAAAGGCAUGAUUAAUGGCGUUGCUGUAUUAUGGUGAAUAAUUUAGCAAAGAUGAAAACUAAAGAAAACCAAAUUAAUAACAUUUAUGUGACUCUACACAUAUGCUAUAACGAUUUAAGUACUUUGCGGUGUAUGAAGAAAAUUUUUGUUUUUGUAAUCCCUUGGCGAAAAAUUGGUGAAAUUUACAUCAGCAAGAUAUGUAGCAAGAAAUGAAUAAAUGUAAAAUAUUACAACAAUUAAACUAUAAAUUAAUAUACAUAUACAGAAAUAUGUGUAUGUACCAUGAUUAUAUUAUAUGCACUAAUUUACGUAGCUAUAAAUACAUAUUAUUUAUAAAUAUUUCAAACUAUUAAACUUACAUUUUAUGCGGUAUUGCACUGACUACACUACCCUUGGAUUUGCUUCUUAUUUAAUUCGUUUAUUGCUGAAUCGGAAAAGUUUUCAAUUACGGUAUAUGUAUUUAUGCGCGUUUAAGUUCGUUUUGGCCUUGGUCGUGUCUCUUUUUGAGCUGAAGCGAAACGUUUUGUAAAGACUUGAUUUUUUCUAUUACUAUGGUUAAGUUUUUGAGUUGCAAAAUAAAGGAAUUCCGUGGUUUAUUAUAUUCUUAAAAUA